AUGUGCGGACUAACGAGACUCACUAAGCACAUGAAGUUGUACAGGGAGGACCGAGGACACAAUUUUCUAAGCCAGUUAGACACUGACGAUGUGGUAUCCGGCUCCUCAGGUAGCGGGAAUCAAAGACCUUCAUUUCAGGCGCAGCUAUUUGUCACAGUUUUUGAAAAUAAAACUGUGGGUUCAUCUGUGGGGUAUAUCAAAGCUACAGACCCUGAAAAUGACCCUAUACAGUUCUCUCUGGAUCCAGCCAGUCAGGAUCUACUACAAAUUGACAACAGUGGAAACUUGACUCUCAAAGCUCCACUAGACAGAGAGGUGGAAGAUAAAUAUUAUUUCACCGUGUUCGUUACCGACCUAUGUUCUGGUUGUAACUUAGACGAACGGAAGACGCCAAAAAAAUUUACAUUGAUUGUCAUGGACGUCAAUGACGACACACCGACCUUUAUAAGUACACCCUAUCUGGCCAGAGUUGCUGAGAAUGACACAGUCGGCGAUCUUGUGAUUCAAGUUAGCGCCAUCGACAAAGACCUAGGAGCAAAUGCGGUUGUGUCUUACAUGUUCAGUCCUUCGACGAAGGGCUGGAUAACUCCUUGGAAGGUUAGGGAGUUACUGUUCUCUUCUAUUCUUCAUCUUCUUCGCUUGUAUCCUUUGCAGACGGAUACCUUUGCGAUCGACAAUCAUCAAGGAAAAAUAACUAUCAAUGGAUCUCUCGACUUCGAGAAAGUGCAGCGGUACACGCUAUUUGUUACAGCAAAGGAUGGCGGAGAUCCUCCUCUGGAGUCAAAGACAACGGUCAUCGUUGAUGUUUCAGAUGUCAGUGAUAACCCGCCUAGUUUCCUGAGACCCAUUUACCUCGAGUCCAUUCCAGAGAACAAACCAAAGGGCUCCUUGAUUGUUCAAGUUCAAGCAGUCGAUGGAGACUCUGGUGUUGGAAAUGCAGUCGAAUAUGAGAUCAUAGAUGGAAAUGACGGAGGACUGUUUGAUAUUGACAAGAGUUCGGGAAAUAUUACAGUCAAUGGCACCAUUGAUGCUGAAAAGACUGACUUCUUUAGAAUAACUGUCAAAGCAUCUGAAGUAGUUGAUCCAGCUUCCAACUCCACGGCCGUAGUACUCGUAACAGUGCUGGACACGAAUGACAACUCGCCCCAGUUUCUGCAGAAUCGUUACGACUUUAAUAUUCGAGAGGAUCUGGCUCAACCAGGAUACGUAAUAACUAAUCAGUUGAACGUACAAGACAAAGACAUCUAUCCUCAGAAUCGCCGCUUCCAAUAUUCUUUAUCAGGAGAGGACAGCAAAUACUUCACAAUCGACCAAUCGUCUGGUCUCCUCAGAGUUAACGCGACCUUGGAUUAUGAGCAACAUAAGGCCAACUUCUCUUUCAAGGUAUUUGCAAACGAAAGUGAAAGUGAAGAGAGGCUUUCCGGUUUUGCCAUCGUGGAAGUUGAUUUGAUCAACAUAAAUGAUAACGAGCCCAAGUUCAACCAAAGUUCGUACAACUUCACUUACGAUGAGGAAAUCCAUGAAGGCUUCGUGAUCGGAACAGUUAUGGCCACAGAUGCUGAUCUUGGUUCUUAUGGAGAAAUAAAAUAUGAGUUGUAUGGCACUGGUGCAGCAAGCUUCACGGUAGACUCCUCAAAUGGUUCUAUUCGCGCGAGCAAAGUACUGGAUUACGAACAGAACAAAGAAUUCAUGUUCUUCCUGCUCGCCAAUGAUGGUGGAAGAUUUUAUGAGGAAGACAAAACUUACGUGACUACAAUCCGUGUUUUCUUGAGAGACGUUAAUGAUAAUGAUCCUGUGUUUCUGAAGACUCCAUAUGCUGUGGAGAUCAUGGAAAACCAAACUGAAAAUAUUUUUGUUUAUCAGGUGUCAGCAUCAGAUUUAGACUCCGGAGAUAAUGCACGGAUUUCCUUCAACAUAACGGAUGGCAAUACUACAAAUGCCUUUGCAAUAAAUGAAAGUGGAAUAGUAACCACUACGCUGAAACUAGACAGGGAAACAGUUUCCUCGUAUUCGCUCAUGAUCAUGGCUUACGAUCAUGGCGAUCCAUCCAGAAGUACGAAAACUAUUUUAGCUGUUACGGUCCUUGAUAUAAAUGACAACCCACCGGUGAUCUUUGAUGGACCAUAUCUGACAGCAAACGUUAGCGAGGGUAAAGGUGGAGGAACAAUAGUUUACACUUUCCAAGCUUCCGAUCAAGAUGAAGGCAGAAACAAGAAGUUAACAUACGCCAUUUCUGCAGGUCAAAAUGGAGAAUUCAUCCUGAACAGUAACACAGGGGUGCUGCAAAUAUCUCCAACAGGCCUUGACAGAGAGCUUCAUUCCAGCUACAACCUGACAAUAAAUGUUACUGAUGGAGGAAUUCCAAUGUUGUGGGGCUACUCUAUGCUACACAUUAAGAUACUGGACAUUAAUGACAACUCUCCGGAGUUUGUUCCCAGUCCUUCAGGCUCACUCUCAACCUACAUCAGAGUUAUUGAUGAAGGACCAGAUAGCAUCAAUAGAGCCAUCAUCGAUGUUAACGCUACAGACAAAGACGACGGAACAAAUUCCAAGAUUGUAUACACCCUUUCUGGGGAUCAGCAUGGGUAUUUCCAUCUAAACUCAUCGACGGGAGUUUUAUAUGUCCGUAAAGUCCUGGAUCGAGAAAACUCGGAGAUGACCUUAGAUGCACAAGAGAGAGGAGUGUUUUCUCUCGAUAUUACGGCUACGGACCAAGCUGAGCCUGAAAAUACUCGAAAAAGUUCUACCGUGAGGGUCACCAUAAUAGUCAAUGACAUUAACGACAACACUCCUCAAUUCGUUGAUCCACCCCAGUCCACCAGCAUCAGCGAGGCUGCUCGGCCGGGAAGUAACGUGAUACAGGUCCCCGCAGUGGACAAAGAUUUAGGAUUUGCUGGCAAAGUUUUUUAUAAUAUUACUGAAGGAAAUAGCAAUGGAAAUUUUGAAAUAACGCCAGGCGGCUACAUUCUUGUCAAGAGAUCGCUGGAUGCUGAAGUAAAAUCCUUGUAUAACCUGACUAUUGAAGCAAAAGACGAAGGCCAACCAAAGAGAUCCAAUAAAACGGUUGUGUCUAUUGUUGUAGACGAUGUGAACGACAACGAUCCAGUUUUCAACCAGUCCACCUAUCAUGGUCGCGUGUUAGAAAACUCCAACGUGAGCACGCUUGUUGCAAAAGUGUACGCAACAGACGAAGACCAAGAUGCCAAUGGUCGAGUGUCAUAUAAGAUCACCAGUGGCAAUACUGGGGAGGCAUUUGCAAUUAAUAAUAAAACUGGAGUGGUCACUGUAAAGGGGUCCAUAGACAGGGAAAAGAUGAAGGAGUAUAUUCUAAGCAUACAGGCUGAAGAUGCUGGCCGUCCCUCCAGUAGGAAGGCUUUUGCAGACCUUGUCAUCACAGUCCUUGAUGAAAACGACAGUCCCCCCCUGUUCAAGGAGAGUUCUUACGAAGCAUCCAUUGAGGAGAACUCGGAAGCAGGAAAAACCGUUGUGCCAACCAUCGAAAUAGGAGCUACAGAUGCGGACGAGGGAGCCAACGCUAUCGUGUCAUUUUCUCUCCAUGGUCCUGGAUCAGAGAAUUUCCUGAUCAACGCAACAACAGCAAUUAUUAUUACACGCUACAACAACUCUCUCGACAGAGAGAGGAACGACACUUACCAUAUGACGCUGACUGCCUCAGAUGGCAGAAACCAAACCACUUCUGUUCCCUUAUUGGUCAAAAUAACCGACGUCAACGAUGAACGCCCCCGGUUUAGCCAGCAAGUGUAUUAUGCAAACAUAUCCGAGGAUGCUGCACGUGGUACAACGGUCAGGAGGGUAACAGCCACAGAUCUUGACUUUCUGAUCUUGAAUAAAGAGAUUACUUACACGUCGACAGGAGCUGAUGCGAAGUUUUACAUCAACAGAGCAACAGGUGAUAUCAUCGUGGACUCUAGCCUCGACCGGGAAUUCAAAAGCUAUUAUGUACUUCAUGUGACAGCCUCUAACAUUGGACAAAAUUCAAAGGAAGGCGCGUGUCAAGUGAACAUUACUGUCACUGACGUCAUUGAUGAAAAACCUUUCUUCGACAGCGAUAUGUUGACAUAUCAUAUCUCAGAAAAUGCUUCAGUUGGAACGAAUGUUACCAAACUGAAAGCUCAUGACAGAGAUGUGGGCGACAGUCACACUUACUCACUCGUAAAGAGCGAUUCCAGUGGAUAUUUCGGUAUAGACCGAGACACUGGUGUGAUAACAACUGCGAAAGACCUGGACAGGGAAAAUAUGACCGAACACGUCAUUUAUGUGCAAGCAACGGACAGUGUAAACCUGACAUCGGACAAAGUGAAAAUCGUGAUCAAAGUUGACGAUGUUAAUGACCACCCGCCAGUCUUUACAAAGUCCUUUUAUAUCGAAGAUUACCGCGAAGAGUCUCCAAAGGACACCAGUAUUUUGACCGUCUCAGCUGGAGAUGCGGAUGUGGGCGCGAAUGCCGAAAUAAGAUUCAGCAUUGUUAGCAAUGCUACAAAUUACGUUUCAAUUGAUCCAGUUACUGGAUUUAUCUCCCAGGCUGAUAAGGAACUCGAUCGGGAAAUGUCGCCAUACUUCAACUUCACCGUUCGAGCGACGGAUCUUGGUUCUCCAGCGCUCUCGUCUGAGGUGGAGGUAUCUUUAACUUUAGUCGACAUCAAUGACAACAGUCCUACUUUUAACCAGACUGUCUAUCAAGCCUACGUCAUGGAAAACCAACCAAUAGGUACAUCACUCCUGGUUGUCACUGCAACAGACAAGGAUGUGGGAACUAAUGCUAGACUGUCUUAUGGACUUCGCGGAGGAAAUUUCCGUUUUAACAUCGACCAAGACACUGGAAAUAUUACGACAGCGGUUCGUUUGGACCGAGAGCAAGCUGGUGCUGAUUCAUAUACGUUGACUGUGCUGGCAGCUGACGACGCUAUAAGAAGUCGAGAAGGAACCACACAGGUCAUUGUGACAGUGCUGGACGAUAACGAUAACACACCGGUAUUCUCGCAGUCAAAUUACCUCUUCGAAGUUUCUGAAGAUGUCGCUGUUGGCCACGCUGUUGGUUUGGUGUCUGCUUCAGAUGAUGAUGAGGGGUCAAAUGCAGUGAUAACCUAUUUCACAAAGAUGGAGAAUGGAAGUGAACUCUUCAUGAUAAAUGACACAACGGGCAGGAUCAUGACCGCGGCUAAACUGGACAGAGAGAAAAACAGCUCCGUCACAUUUAUUAUCAUUGCUCGAGACAAAGGAAGUCCUUCUCUAGAGAGCAACGUGACCGUUCAAGUCGUGAUAAAUGACGUUAAUGAUAACGCUCCGAAGUUCCAACAAGCCUUUUACAAUGUCACUCUACCAGAAAGUACAUUUACAAAGACAGAAGUGGAAACUGUUUCUGCUUCGGAUCUCGAUGAGGGAAGAAACGGUCAGUUCCGAUACAGUAUUGAGAGCGGAGACCCUGACGACCAAUUUGCAAUAAACGCCAUUACUGGUGUCAUUACCUUAAGACAAAAACUUGACCACGAAACCAAAGCCUUCUACAACAUUACCAUUGCGGCACGAGACUUGGGUAUCCCUGCCCUUUCUGGUUACACUAAUCUCCUUGUAACCGUUAGUGACGUAGAUGACAAUGCGCCUGUCUUCCACAAGAAUGGAUAUACCGCAAGCAUAUUAGAAAAUGCCACCGCAGGCGCAUUUGUCGCCCAAGUGAACGCCUCAGAUAUUGAUGCUGACGAAGCGCACAAGACCAUACUUUACCAGAUCGAAGGAGGAAAUGAACAGAGAAAUUUUGUGAUCGGCGAGUUAAAUGGCACCGUGUUCUUGAAUUGGACAGGAGAUGGUCUUGAUCGCGAGAAAGUUCCAUCAUACACUCUAACUUUGGCUGCCAUCAGCAGAGUAAACAACACAGAGCAAAAAUCAACAGUCCUUUUGGUUGUCACGAUUCUUGAUGUCAAUGACGUCACUCCAAAGUUUGAGAAAAAGUCCUACCUCAAGUCAGUGCGAGAGGACACCAAGGGACUGGGGCCAUCAGAUGACAGGAGAAUCCUAACGGUCUCCGCAAAAGACGAUGACGUGGGCGACAACGCGAGAAUACUUUACAGUAUUACUAAAGGAAACGAAGAAGGAGUCUUUACGUUAAAUAAUGCUACCGGCGAGUUGCUGAAGGCCAAGGCGCUUGAUCGAGAAGUAAGAGACUUCUAUAGUCUUUUGGUGACAGCCGCCGAUCAAGGACAGCCUCCGCUUAUGAACCAAACCACGAUAAAUAUCACCAUCGUUGACGUCAAUGACCACAUUCCCGCGAUUCAUACACAAGCAGUUUUCUCUGUGCUUGAGAAUGCAACAGUUGGUACACUGAUCACAACAAUCAAUGCAACGGACAGAGACGAAGAUGUCAAUGCGCAGGUCAAGUUCACCAUCAUAAGUGGGAACGAUGACGAGAGGUUCACACUGAAUGAAACUAACGGCGAACUGCGAACAGCAAAGAGUCUUGAUUAUGAUCAAGAACCGAAAUUCUACAAGCUCGCAAUUAAAGCUCAAGAUCUUGGAAGUCCUCCAUUAUCAAGCGAAAAAACCAUAACCAUUAAGUUAGUGAAUAUUGACGAUAACAUUCCCGUGUUUGUCAAGCGUCAAGUCACGUUAUCAGUUGGCGAAAACCUCCCAGCAGGAGCUGAAGUUGGAACGAUAGCAGCUUUCGAUGCAGAUCAGGCUGGACCCAUAUAUUACUACAUACAAAGUGGAAAUAGCGGAGCCAUGUUCACGCUAAAUGAGACGACUGGAGUAUUGCGCACAACUCGACAAGCCGAUCGGGAGGAUAGCGCGCAGUUCUUCCUGUACAUAAAAUCAUCGAAUGUUAAGCUCGAUCCAGUCUCCCUUCAGCCGAGGAAUAGAAGAGCGGCCCCGGAUGCAGGUUCAAAUCAAACUAACACGACUCAAGCGCCAUUGCCAGAUGAUCUUGGCGUACAGCUGGUGAUUGUGGAAAUCGCGGAUCAAAACGAUAAUGGUCCUCGCUUUACAAAGAAGCUUUACACCGGAGGAGUUUCUGAAGAUGCAAAACAUGGAAGCAACAUCAUACAAGUCUUUGCCGUAGACUCUGACGAAGGAAACAAUAGCCGUAUAUCGUACGAGCUUCUACAAACUAAGGAUAGCGAAGAAUUCAGUAUGGAUCGAGAAACUGGCUGGAUCAAAGCAAAGGCGUCAUACGCAGGGAAGUUUGGGGCCCAGUUUGUUGUUAACGUCAUUGCCAAGGACAGAUUUGGGGAAGAGCCGUAUUUCAACGACACUGCUGAAGUCAAGAUUUAUGUACUCACGGAUAUUCAACGAGCUGUGAUAAUAUCUGGACGCUCUCCUGAAUAUAUUCGAAAACAUCAAGCAGACCUAAAAAGGGUACUAGAGAAUAUCACCGGUUACAUUAUAAACAUAGAUGACAUAAACUAUUACAAAGAUAAAGAUGGAAAUUACGAUUAUGAAAGGACAGCGGUUCUCUUCCAUGCUGUGGAUCCCAAAACUAACAAAGUUGUCGACAAAGAAAUCGUAAUAGAAAAAAUAGACAACAAUUACGAUAAGCAUCUUGGAUUCUUCAAUGAAUGGAAAAUAAAAGAAGUUAAGGCUCACGUCGACGACCAGAAAGAUGACGAAUUUCCCGUAGUGCUUGCUGUGGUCAUUAGUCUUGGAAUUCUCCUUGUCAUAGUUAUUCUGAUAUUUUGCUGUGUGGUUUUCCAGCUCAGGAGGAGGCAAAAUAGAAAAUUAAGGGCGGCGACUGCAGUUAGUUAUGGAGGAUCACGCUCCGUCAACAAUGGAACAGUAUCAGCUAUUCCUACGUCGAAUAUGCACAUCUCUGAGGGAUCAAACCCAAUCUGGGUUGACCCGUAUCAUAACUGGGGCAUGAAGACUGAUGACGAGGACGCACCAGUAGAACCAUCCCCGUUUUAUGGAGGCGCGUUCCACAUAGCUGAAGAGGGUAGAGAGGAGCUGUACGAGGCACAGGAAUACUCAACAGAUGCACACGAGGAGGUUUCUGACAUCGGAAAUACUGGGGCGAGUUUUAGUGGAAGUCGGAAGAGUUCGUCCUCAACCCCCUCCCCGGAGGCAUAUGAAUCGUCACCGAUGACGGAAAGAAAUUACUUUUCAAAUUCAUCAAAAAUUAUGGUAACCUCAAUAUAAUUACGCGCAAAACCAACUUCUAACUGAGAUAGCAACUACCGUUUUUAUAAGUUUUGUAAAGAUAGAAAAUGCUUCUGGUUAAUAAUUUUUAGUUUUUAUAUUCAUAUUUCGAUAAUCACGAUUUGUCAAGAACACUUCUUUGUAAGGUAAAUAGGUUAUAAAGUUUGUACUAAACAGCUGUUUCAGGAAAGGUUGUCGUGCACGCGAAAGGUAUCGUGGAUACUUUUUUUUUUUUUACCUUAGGAUUUCAGGGAAAUCUGAGAAACAUUUUUAGGACGAAAUAUAGCAGAUUUGGUAAAUUUAUUCGUUUCUCUGACUUCUUAAAAAUCAUGUUGUACCGGAUACCUAGAUAACCUUUCGAGAUGAUCGUGUGCGCUUUUGUCCUUUUUUCCGACAACCUUUCUAGAAACAGCUGCUCCCCUUUAAAAGGUAGAAAUCUUAUGCUUAAAGAAUUGUAUCGGAUAACACAACGCUCAAAUUCAUGUGAAGCAUCUUGAUGUUAUAUAUUUGUUAUAGAAAGAUAAACAAUUGAAAAGGGAAAAUUUUGGAAUAAGUUAGGCACAAAAAACGCUCACUUAGAAUUGUGUCAUUCUGUAAACAUUCGAAAACUUUGGUACUACUGUACGAUUUGAUUUGUUAUUUUUAUAAUUGUCAAUAUCAGUUGUUUCUCUAGAGCUUCUUUUCUCGAAAUGUAUGUUCUAUAGAUUCUGCGCAAAUCUUGGAUUAACACUAAGUACACAGGAAAUCCUUGAAAAAAUGAAAGUAGUCACACAACCAUUUGUUAUAGAAAUGGUUUCUAAUAAAAGGUUCUUGUGAAGCCUAAAUUAAAUUAA